AUGGCUCUUCGUCGCAUUCAAAAGGAGCUGAAGGACCUCGAGCGGGACCCGCCUGCCAACACCAGCGGUGGACCGGUCAACGAGAGUGAUCUUUUCAACUGGAAGGCGACCAUUAUAGGCCCCGAGGACUCACCGUACGCCGGUGGCCUCUUCUUCCUAAACAUCCACUUCCCGUCGGACUAUCCCUUCAAGCCGCCCAAGUUGCAGUUCACGACGAAAAUUUACCACCCGAACAUCAACAACAAUGGUGGUAUUUGCCUCGAUAUAUUGAAGGACCAAUGGUCUCCCGCCCUCACCAUCUCGAAGGUGUUGCUCUCCGUCUGCUCGCUGCUGACAGAUCCCAACCCUGACGAUCCACUCGUGCCUGAUAUUGCCCGGCAAUACAAGACGGACCGCAAUGCCUUUAACAAAACUGCAAUGGAGUGGACGCGGCAGUAUGCUAUGUGA